AUGGCAAUCAAGCAGAAGCCGGACGAGUCCCUGAGGAAUUUCAUGACCCGUUUCAACACGGAGAGCUUGCAGAUCAGAGACAAGGAUGAAAAGGUGGUCAUGGCCGCCUUCAUGAACGGGCUCAGGGCGGAGGAGCUCUUCUACAAGCUCGUCGAGAAGCCUCCUGGAGACCUGGAGGAGCUCUUGACCAGGGCGCACGCAGCCGCUAAUGCGGAGGAGGCUGCUCGCCUGAAGAGAGAGUCAGAUCGGGAGGUCGGAGAUCGGAGAGGACGGGAAAAUCCCCCCGAGAACAAGGACGACCCGGCCAAGAAGAAUGUUUUCGAUCGACUUUCGAAGGAGAAAGCCCCCGCUCAACCGCCGCUUCAGGAAAAAGGCUACAACCCCCUAACUCGGUCCAGAGCCCAGAUUCUGGCCGUUUUGGAGGCGGAGGGCCUAGGGGAACGGCCGCCUAAGAUGGGGACACCCCAGAACAAGAGAAACCAGGACCGAUACUGUGCCUUCCACCGUGAUGUUGGGCAUGAUACGGAGGGGUGCUGGGCCCUGCGAAAGGAGAUCGAAGAUCUGAUCCAGCGCAGCUUCCUGGGGCGAUUCGUACGGCAAGGUCGACCAAGCCAGGAGCCAGGACGCACCUACCGCGGAGAUAGGGGCGAGGGCCAGCGUCGCGACCGCCCUGAGCGGCGUGACGUGCCUCGGGGCAAUUCCCCUGACCUGGACACUCAGAACCUGGCAGGGGUGAUUAACACCAUUGCUGGGGGCCCUACGGGGGGGACAACCAUACAGCUCAGAAGAACAGGCGGCCUCCUCCGGAGGGGGACGACUCCCUGA